AUGCCUACUCUUACCUCCUCAGACAUUAGCGACGAUGUGUACAAUUUUGCUCAAUCGCACCUCUUGCCCAACCUCGAACUUGAGACAGUUCUCUUUGGAAUACUGACCAUGGUAUUGAUACUCGACGCAUACGGCGCACUUCGAGAAGGUGUUUUUCCGAUCACUGCAAGGACAAGAGGUCCUACUAUUGCGCGCUUAGUUGUUUCGAUCGGCCUUUACACCCUUUUCACGAGCAACUGGGCCGUUUCGCUCCAUCAUUCGCGAGAUCUUCUGUUCAAUGGAUGGAUCAACAAAGAUGAUGCGGUGGAUGCCUAUACCCUAUCUCAACUGCACUUGCAGUACAUCUUUGGGCCCUUCAUCCUAGAGGGCGUCCUGCUUGGAGUGUUUUCAACCCUGGUAGUAAUCGCCGUCCGAAUCUUCGCGCAGAAGGACCUGCAUUCACGACUACAACGGACCAUGCUCAGCUGCACCGUGCUAAUGUACACGAUUUCGCUCGCGCACUAUGUCCUCCAAACGCAGUUCGUCGCAGCUCGAUUCAGCAAUCGCGACCAAGCUUAUCAGACACGUGCGACCGAGUUCAUCUUCGAGCUCCUGCCAUUGAUCUUGAUCUCGGUCAACGUGGUCCUUGGAGAUGCUAUCGUUCUGUGGCGCAUGAUCGUCCUCUGCGAGCAGCACACGUAUGCGCGUGCACUUGGAGCGGCUUUGCUCAUCGGCACAACCGCGGCAAGCGUCUUGAACAUCGCGAAGGACCUGGACGUGUGGGGAAAGAGCCCUAUAGCUCUCGACGCAUUCUACGACAAUAGCUCCAGCACGUCGGGAUACGCGACUGCCACUCUCGCGUUGAGUUUGGCCACGAAUGUUAUAUCUACGGCGACGAUCGGAUGGAGAAUGUGGUUCCACCGCAGAGACAUCGCGUCGCAUCUGGGUGCCUUCAAUCGUCACAGUAUCGCAGUGAAGGUCAUGAGUGUGCUCGUGGAGAGUGGGUGUGUUUACUGCAUUCUCUGGACCCUGUACCUCUUGGAAAGCACAUUGUCCCGCUUCGACUCGGUUACGGGAGGGAUCCCCGUCUCCGCGUUUUCAGAUGGUGCGAUCUGGUUUGGCCGUCUCAUGCCACAACUGACUGGAAUAUACCCCACAAUUGUUCUCGUGCUUGUGGCGCUGGAGCAGAGUUACAUCGAAACCGCGUUCAUUCAAUCGAGCGUGUCGGCUUUUGUCACGGCGUGCCCUCGUUCUCUGGAGCAAGGAGAAUUGCCUGUUUAUCGUGUUGAUGCGAGGCGUUCCGCAACAGACAUCUCUCACGAGUCCUGCGAGAACGUCGUCAGGGAAGAGGCACGCACAAAUGUGAUCUCUAUGCCACCGAAGAAGGCAGUAGCAGUCUAG